AUGUCACCACUCGAGUUUGACACGACAUAUCAUUACCAAGUAGGAUUGGGAUUUGUGGUGAAUGGAGAGGCUACUUUUAUGGUCAAAUCCGAACAAGUAUAUAAUUUCACAACAAGAAGUGAGGAUCCAGAUGAAAUUUCUGUACUCAUGUUUGCCGAUAUGGGAGUCGUUUUUUCACCAAUGAAUGUGAAACGUAUUCAAAAUCGAGUUCGACAACAAGCAAUGAAUGGAAAUUUCUUUAUUUAUCAUAUUGGAGAUAUUAGUUAUGCUGAUUUUUAUCCUGGAAUGAUGUAUCAAUUUAUUUGGAAUUUGUGGUUUGAAUAUUUUGAUGAAAUUCAUCCCUACGUUCCUUAUAUGGUGUCUGUGGGUAAUCACGAAUAUGAACCAAGACAUCCAGACAAUCAAGAUUAUGAACAAAACUUUGCUGCCUACAAUCACAAAUUUUGGAUGCCACUUCGAAACAAUUCUCAAUACGGUCACAACAUGUGGUAUCAUUUUGAUUUUGGACCUGUUCGAUUUGUUUCCAUUGACACUGAAACCAAUUACCCACAUCCACACGAGAGUCCAUAUCCUCCCAUUUUCAAUGGCAAUCAAUUUUCCUAUGUCACUAAUGCAAUCAAAUCCACCAAUAGAAGCCAAACACCUUUCUUGGUGGUUUUGGGACAUCGUCCAAUUUAUUCUGCAGUGAAAGGAUUUAGCGAUGCCAAUGGAAAUGUUCUUUCUCGAUCGAAAGUUCUUCAAAAUGUAUGGGAGAGAGUAUUUUAUGAGGGACAUGUGGAUUUAUAUACAUGUGGACAUGUUCAUGCCUAUGAGAGACAAUAUCCUGUAUAUAAUCAAACUGUUGAGACGAAAUCAAAUCCAAAUAAUUUAACAAAUCCAAGAGAUACUGUUCAUCUCAUUGUUGGAACUGGAGGUUGUAUCGAAGGACUUGAGCUUAAUGAAUGGUACAAUAAGAAUAUUUAUUGGAACUAUAAAAUAUUCAAUGAUGAUGAAGGAUAUGCACUCUUACGUGUGAAACGAGACAAAACAAAUAGGAGACAAAUGACAAUUACAUGGGAAUUUUACAGUACGACUCAUGAUGAAUUAGUAGACUCUUUUGUCAUGACCAAGACCUAUUAA